AUGUGUGGCCUGGUGGUUGCCGAUCGUGUAAUCGAUGUUGGAUCUGAGUGGCGUACGUUCUCCAACGACACGAAUGCAAAAGAUAUGUGCCGCGUGGGUGCGAGCGAGAAUCCCUUGCUCACAGGAGGUGACCUGUCGACAAUGAUCAGUGGUCCAUCCUUUGCCGAUUCGAGGCAGGUGGAUGAUCAAGGCAAGGCGUUGUAUCGUAGUCGCCGCAAUCUAUCUUCUGUUGAUCGUGUUCUCACCAGCGCUUUCCGUGAAAUCGGUCAAAUGGCUGAGCACCUUAACCUCCCUAAAACCAUAUCUGAUCAUGCAAACCUCCUGUUUAAACAAGUCUAUGAAACCAAAAAUCUCCGCGGUCGAAGCAACGAUGCUGUGUCAACAGCUUGUCUGUACAUGGCUUGCCGGCAAGAGGGAGUCCCCCGCACCUUUAAAGAAGUGUGUGCAGUAUCCCGAGUUUCGAAAAAAGAAAUCGGCAAAGUGUUCAAAAAGAUACUGAAAAUCUUAGAAACGAAUGUCCAAUCUGUCACUGUGGAGGACUUCAUGUCUCGUUUCUGUGGCAAUCUGGGUUUGAACAUUGCUGUUCAAAGAGUAGCCAACGUGAUAGCGAGACGAGCUUUGAACUUAAAUUUAGUGGCUGGUCGAAGUCCGGUAUCUGUGGCUGCGGCGGCAAUCUACAUGGCCGCAUGCGCUCUUGGUCAUCAGAAAGAAAAACGAGAAAUUGGUGAAGUCGCUGGAUGCGCAGAAGCCACCAUCACUUGUACUUACCGAGCGAUGUAUGGACGUGCAAACGAACUUUUCCCAGAGGAUGUUAGACUUACUAUCCGACCUCUGCCGUUGUAA